AUGCGAACUACUUUUGAUAAACUUUUUUCUCCUAAAUAUUUGUUAUUUUCCAACACUUUAACGUUUGGCGGUCUGCUUGCAUUCGGUGAUUACAUUCAACAGUGCCGUGAAAGGAAUUACAUAAGACAACAACACCGGUCUCAACGAGCGUCUUUGAUUGCAUCCGGACAAAUUCAUGGUCAGACCGCUGAAGGUAGUCGUAAUACAGUGACACUUCGCCACGACUGGGGACGAACAGCUCGUAUGUUUUCAAUAGGUUUAGUACUGGGUCCAUUCAAUCAUUACUGGUAUGGGUUCUUAGACAGACUUCUACCAGCCAAAACAAUUGCAGUUGUAAUACGAAAGAUUCUUCUAGAUCAAACAGUAGCAUCCCCAUUCUUUGCAGCAUCAUAUUUUAUCGGGAUGGGAGCUCUAGAAGGUGAAAAAUUAGAGCGCAGUGUGAAUGUAUUUACAGAGAAGUUUCUCAGGGUUUACAUG